AUGCUGGUUGUCCAGGGUGGCUCCGCCCGCCCCAGGGUGGCUCCGCCCGCCCAGGGUGGCUCCACCCGCCCAGGGUGGCUCUAUCCGCCCAGGGUGGCUCUAUCCGCCCAGGGUGGCUCUAUCCGCCCAGGGUGGCUCUAUCCGCCCAGGGUGGCUCUAUCCGCCCAGGGUGGCUCUAUCCGCCCAGGGUGGCUCUAUCCGCCCAGGGUGGCUCCGCCCGCCCAGGGUGGCUCCGCCCGCCCAGGGUGGCUCCACCCGCCCAGGGUGGCUCCGCCCGCCCAGGGUGGCUCCACCCGCCCAGGGUGGCUCCACCCGCCCAGGGUGGCUCUAUCCGCCCAGGGUGGCUCUAUCCGCCCAGGGUGGCUCUAUCCGCCCAGGGUGGCUCCGCCCGCCCAGGGUGGCUCCACCCGCCCAGGGUGGCUCCACCCGCCCAGGGUGGCUCCACCCGCCCAGGGUGGCUCUAUCCGCCCAGGGUGGCUCCGCCCGCCCAGGGUGGCUCCACCCGCCCAGGGUGGCUCCACCCGCCCAGGGUGGCUCCACCCGCCCAGGGUGGCUCUAUCCGCCCAGGGUGGCUCCACCCGCCCAGGGUGGCUCUAUCCGCCCAGGGUGGCUCUAUCCGCCCAGGGUGGCUCCGCCCGCCCAGGGUGGCUCCACCCGCCCAGGGUGGCUCCAUCCGCCCAGGGUGGCUCUAUCCGCCCAGGGUGGCUCUGCCCUCCCAGGGUGGCUCCACCCGCCCAGGGUGGCUCCACCCGCCCAGGGUGGCUCCACCCGCCCAGGGUGGCUCUAUCCGCCCAGGGUGGCUCCGCCCGCCCAGUGUGGCUCCGCCCGCCCAGGGUGGCUCCGCCCGCCCAGGGUGGCUCCGCCCGCCCAGGGUGGCUCCGCCCGCCCAGGGUGGCUCCGCCCGCCCAGGGUGGCUCCGCCCGCCCAGGGUGGCUCCGCCCGCCCAGUGUGGCUCCGCCCGCCCAGUGUGGCUCCGCCCGCCCAGGGUGGCUCUAUCCGCCCAGGGUGGCUCCACCCGCCCAGGGUGGCUCCGCCCGCCCAGGGUGGCUCCGCCCGCCCAGGGUGGCUCCGCCCGCCCAGGGUGGCUCCGCCCGCCCAGGGUGGCUCCGCCCGCCCAGGGUGGCUCCGCCCGCCCAGGGUGGCUCCGCCCGCCCAGGGUGCCUCUACCCGCCCCAGGGUGGCUCCACCCGCCCAGGGUGCCUCCACCCGCCCCAGGGUGGCUCCGCCCGCCCAGGGUGGCUCCGCCCGCCCAGGGUGGCUCCGCCCGCCCAGGGUGGCUCCGCCCGCCCAGGGUGGCUCCGCCCGCCCAGGGUGGCUCCGCCCGCCCAGGGUGGCUCCGCCCGCCCAGGGUGCCUCUACCCGCCCCAGGGUGCCUCUACCCGCCCCAGGGUGCCUCUACCCGCCCCAGGGUGCCUCUACCCGCCCCAGGGUGGCUCCACCCGCCCAAACCACAAGAGGUGCGGCUGGCAACAUCUUAGAGAUGGUAGAUAA